AUGUCCGUCCUCUACAUCUUCCCGAUGCUGUUCUUCCUCCUCGGCCUUUCAGGGCUCCUUUCUCUCAGCAAUGCAGCUGUCGUCACGACGGCUCCUCCCCAGACAGACUAUGAUGCCAUCGUCGUUGGCGGCGGCCCAGCUGGUCUCUCUACCUUGAGCGGUCUUGCGAGGGUGCGGAGAAAUGUUCUUCUCGUUGACUCUGGAGAGUACAGAAACGGACCUACGACACAUAUGCACGAUGUCAUCGGAUGGGAUGGUGUUCAGCCUGCCUGGUUCCGCUACGAAGCCCGUCGUCUCCUAUCACACUACAAAACCGUCAAGAUGGAAAACGGAACAGUUACCAACAUAAAACCCCUGCCCGGUAUCAACACACGGUUCUCCGUCUCAGUAAAAUGUCCCGCCCAGCCCACCAAGGAAAUCACAGCUCGCAAGAUCGUCCUCGCUACUGGUCUAAAGGACAUUCUCCCCUCUACGCCCGGCAUUGCUGAAAAUUGGGGCAGGGGCAUUUACUCGUGCCCCUGGUGCGACGGCCACGAAUACGCUGAUCAACCACUCGGUCUCCUGUGCCCUCUCAGCAAAGUUGCAAGUUACGUUAGAAAAGUCCUUACGCUUGAUACAGAUAUCAUCGCUUUUGUCAAUGGGACUGAUAAUGACGAGAUGAGAAUGGCGGCGGAUGAGGAUCUUCCUCAUUGGGAGGAGUACCUCAAGCUUCACAACGUCACGAUCGAUAAUCGCACCAUAACAGCUGUCAGACGUCUCAAGGAUGGUGAGGAAGUGGAUAAAAACCCCUGGUUGCCCUCGGUCCCCAAGGACGAUCUCUUCAGCGUUCAGUUCACCAAAGGCGAGCCCAUUCAACGUGUUGCCUUUCUGUCAAGCUUUCCCAAUAAACAGCGCUCCAACAUUGGAGAAGAAGCGGGUGUCGAGUUGACUAAGAAUGGAAAACUACGGGUUACCAGGGCUGGCAUGACAAAUGUACCGGGUAUUUACGCCGUUGGCGAUGCGAAUUCUGAUGGUGCACCUAACGUCCCGCAUGCGAUGUACACAGGGAAGCAAGCGGCUGUGUCCCUACACGUGGCACUCGAGCGCGAGAAACAGGCUGUUGAGCUUGCAGGCAUAGCAAACCACUUUAGAUAA